GUUUGUUUUCAAUACAAGUGAAAAAGAGAUAUUCCUUCGGAAAGGCAAGAAAGCCUCGCUCACUUGAUCUAUCUGGUUUUGUCCAGGUUAAGUCAAUAUGUCGAGUGGUGUAACACAACAAGCUGCCGUGUCAGUCAGCUUGGACGAUCUAAAGAACGACAAGAUCGACUUCUCGACGUUGGAGGAGGCAUUUGGACCAGCUUCUCUGGGCAUCAUCGUCGUCAAAGACCUUCCUGUAAAAUUCCAUGAUCUCAGACGGAGACUCUUGUCCUACUCGUCCGCUCUCGCAAAUCUUCCUCAAGAGGAAUUACAGAAGCUUGAAUCUCCGGUAUCAAAAUGGCUGGUAGGAUGGUCCUGCGGCAAGGAAACGCUCAAGGACGGACGAUACGACACGCUGAAGGGAUCCUACUAUGUCAACUGCGCACCCGGCUUCGAAGCUGAGCAGAAGAAAAUGGCGGAGAGGUACCCUUCCUUCCCAGAGUACACUGCUCCCAAUGUCUGGCCGUCCGAGGAGCUUCUUCCAGGAUUCGAGACGACCUUCCGCGAGCUGUGCACCCUCAUCAUCGACGUCGCCGCACUGGUCGCUCGUGCCUGUGACAGGUACGCGGAAGCCAACAUUGAGGGCUACACGAGGGGCUAUCUCGAGCACGUGGUCAAGACGAGCGUAUCAACAAAGGCGCGCUUGCUCCACUACUUCCCCUCACCUGAAACCCAGGGAACAGAAAGCGAUGGUGAUAUCAAGGACGAAGACGAUUGGUGUGCCACGCACGUCGACCACGGCUGUCUAACGGGCCUUACCUCGGCCAUGUUCGUCGACGAGGCGUCUCACCCACCCCAAACGGGCGCAUCUUUCGCACCCCUCGAGGAGUUGGAUCGGUCGCCCGACCCCAAGGCCGGGCUGUACAUUCACUCUCGAACGGGUGUGAGGACCAAGGUUGCCAUUCCUCGAGAUUGUCUUGCGUUCCAGACGGGCGAAGCGCUCGAGGUGAUUACCAAGGGGAAGUUCAAGGCGGUGCCGCAUUUUGUUCGAGGGGCGGCGCAUGGGGCUGGAGGAAAGGUGGCGCGGAAUACGUUAGCGGUGUUCACGCAGCCGAAUCUAUGGGAGAAGGUGGAUGAGACGAGGGACUUUGCAGCGUUUGCGAAGGAGAUUGUGGAGAAGAACCAUUAG